CCCCGCUCUGACCCUCCGCUAGGAACUCUGGAAAUUGCCAUCAACUCCAGUGAAAUCUUUCCUCCUCCACUCGAUCAGCAGGGCUCUUCCUUUGGGAAGCUCCAUACUAACAUACAGCAGCUGUACACACUGGAGUACCCUCCAGAUUUUAUAUACAGCCCAGCUUCACUCUCCAGCUCCACUCCAUCCAACCACCUACAUAACCAGAAUAAUUUCCAACCCAAUCCAUCCUCACUCUUGUCUUCUCCUGAAGCUUAAAACUCCCCUUACGCACUGUUCACUCAAGAGAGUCACAUAGCCCACAGACCUGACCCGAACAAAAAAAAAACGCAUGCAUAUCGUUAAACAGCUCUGAACACUCUAAGCAGGUUCCACUCCUUUUCCGUUCUUCCUGAAUAUUUUCUUAUCCUCAAGAGACAAGGCCCUUCACACCGGACCUCGCAAAAACUCUCGCCUCUCUCUGAAGUCCCACCUCGCAAAAUGAGACACUUCUCCUUUUCAGCCUAUCUCUUGGCUCUUUUGGCCCAAAUUGUCCUAGCUCCUCCGCCGCCAACUGACUAUCGAACAGUGGCUGACCGAGAGCUUUCUCCACAAUACGCGACACUCUCGUCCCCCUUAUCGGGUCAAAGGUUCUUUCGUGGCCAAGCCUUCCCGAUCAGCUUUACGGACCCGGGAACAUCUGCCACCGAAGCUCGAUUCUCUCUUUCCAACUACACGGGGGUCUAUUUUAUCAGCAAAGCUUCCUUGAAGAGCAAAGGGCGAAUCAGCUACAAAGUUACUUUGCCGGCUUGGGUGGCUGAUGGUACAUACGAUUUUGUGGUCUCCGAGAACGACGGCCCAUUCGGUUCAGAUGACUUCAACACUGAUGUGGUCAUCUGCACGAUUUUUGUCGGCCAUGCUCGUGCAAACCAGAUGGAAUUUGCUCCGUUCAGGAACCAAGUCGAGGAAAACCAGAAAAAAAUUCACUCUAGUGAUCCUCAGACCCACUCAAGUCCUGCGCUUCAAAAGCGUGCACCCCAUCCCCCCAAAUUUGUCACCCCACUCAGCAAUCAAUCUGUCAAAGCUGGCGAACCAAUCUCAAUUCGCUUCUUAGAUGGGCAAUUGGAUCCAGGUGUCACCCAAGCUAGAUUUGUAUUAAGGCCACUCGUCAAGCCCAUAGGGCCCCAAGAGCUGGUUCUUGCCGGACCCAAUGCAACUCAAGAAGGUCUUUAUAAAUUCGAUGGGGUCGCCAUCGUGACGAACGUCACUUUUCCCGAAGGAACACCUCCCGGGGUAUACUCGCUGGAGGCGGAAGAAGAGUAUCCUCAAAGUCCCAACCGCUUUCAAAGUGCCGCGACCAUUCAGAUUCAGAUUGUUGCCGAAGAUGCCAUCGUAACCCAGCAGGAACCUUUGGACAUCGAUAAACAGAUGGAAGAAGAAAUUCAACUAGCCACCAAUCGCGCCUCCUUGAAGAUCAGGUCCGAGAUCAGCUCACCACCUCAAAAGAGUACCAACCCGACAUUCAUAUCGCCCACCGAAAAUCAAAAGAUUACGACCGGCCAUCAUCUCAACAUUUCUUUUAUUAAUGCUGGUCGAAAAAGUGACAAGAUGAGGUUUAUCCUCAGACCCAUCAGUGCGAAUCCUAAGCAGAAAGAACUACUCUUAUUCAGCCGAAACGCAGAAUCCGAGCAACUUUUUACCAAUGAAACCACCUGCAACACUCGACUAUUUUUCCCUCUGGCCAUCGCCAACGGGACUUACAAACUGGUGGCUCAGGAAGUAUACUCAGCGGAGAAAGUCAAGGACGUCGGCUCGGUUCAAAUCCGAGUGGCACAGCUCAGGCCGCCUAACACGUUAAAAUCUCGAGACUUGCUCACGAAAGACGCAGGUCAAUUGUCUAGCUGGGGCGGAGUACCAAAGCCUCUCGAAAAGAAAGUUCACCCACUCUUACCGGUUACUGUCCCUGAGGAUCUUCCCCAGAGCCAGCCCGUCGCGCCCAAAAAGUUCGAGGUCAGACAAACGCGGGAUUCUCCUAGCAUGCUCGAGCCUGUGCCCAAUCAAGAAGUGCCAAGCGGAUCCACAUUUUUGUGUAAGAUCCAAGAUAAACAUGCUACUUCCGAGACCGUUCGAUUCGUCCUCCGCUCUUUCGGCGGGUAUGAGCAAUACUUGGGGUCGACUAAGUUUGUCAAUGGGAUCGCCACACUCAAGGCCACUUGUCCAAGCAAUCUUCGCUAUGAUACUUACAAUAUUGUGGCACUUGUGAACUCGAUCAAGAAACCUCAGAGGUUUUUGGAUGUCAUUUCUGCCUCCGUUAUCGUAUCUCAUGGGCAAACCUUGAUGAUGGCCUCUCAAGCUCCCCUGCUCCCUCCGAAAAAAUCGUCCAGCACAGCCCAGCUGAUUGUGCCGGUUUACAACCAAUUCAUCUCCGGGGGGAAAGUCUUCCAAUGUCAACUUUCGAAUGGAAUCAAUGCCGAGCGCGUCAAGUUCUGCUUGCGCUUUGAUGAUGGAAGGAGCGACCUUCAAGUCGGAAAUUGCGAGAUGAAGAAGAAUGUAGCUCAGACGAUGUGUCAAAUCCCGUCCAGUGUCACCCCAGGCACCUACACGUUCGUCGCCCAAAAGAGUUCCAUGUCGAAGCCGGACUUCUUCGAAGACGUCGACCAGGUCACUAUCACGUUAGCUAACCCAAGAGGCUUCGGCCCCGAUCUCGAAAAUCAACAAGCAAAUGAGGUAGUCAAAAGAUCAAUUGAAACCUCCGAGUCUCGCCAAGCAGCCCAAGUGUCUGUCUUGCUUGAACCGAUGUCUUAUCAAAGUAUAGUCCCAGGACAGGUCUUUAAUGUGAAGAUGACUAAGAAUACCGCCCCGCUCUCUACAAUGUUGAAAUUCUUGCUCAAGCCGAUGUCCACUGCAUUCGUCCAUAAAGAGUAUGUCCUUGGGACAAGCAGUAAUGACCAGACGGUAGACGAAACUUUAAGGUGUCCUGAUCACAUCACGCUUGGAAAUUAUCUUUUUGUCGUUCAAGCUAAUGAUCCAAACGAUCCGGAGAAGUACAUCGAUUCAAAUUCGACUCCAAUCGUUGUGAACUCGAAAUCAACCACCAGCCCGUCAAUCAAUAAUUCGACUAGCAGCAGCAGCAGCGGUAACAACAACAACAAUACGAUUGCCUCGGACCCGACGCCGAUACCAGCUCAACCGCCCCCAAACCCGUCGACAGAGCCGAUGAGGUAUUCCAAUCACUACGGCAGUCCCAUCAGCCCCAACUCUUCGGCCGUCCCACCACCGCCACCCAAACCUGUCGACCGCGCCUCAACACCUCUCGGCCAAGGCUAUUCUAGAAACAGCACCAACAUCUUUGCCAGUUCCGCGGCCACUCCUCCCUUCUCCCUCUACCCUGCUUUCCUGCGACUUUCUGCCCAGAGCGUCGGGCUCAUCUUGCCCUUUGCUUUCUGGUUCUAACCCCUCCCCGUCUUGCACACAUCCCCCCUUUUUUUUGCGAUGUUUCGCUUCACUCCUUCAACUUAAUCUCACAACGUAUCUUACACACAUAUUAAUGUUUGAUUACCUCCUUUCGCUUGUUUUGAUCCAAUCUCUAUCUGUUCCUUGUUCUCUUGCCCUUUUCCCUAAUCAAAUUUGAUUGAAACAAAUUAACAUUGAUGAUCUUUCCUUGAACUUUUCCUUG